UAAAAAUUCGUUCAGUGCUAUUGUCCUUAUAACUUAAUUUUAAAAACUAUAUUUAUUCCAAUAAAUUAACUUAUUUUUCUUUCUUUGUUUUUUGAGUUUUCAAAAAGUAAAAAAGUGUGAAUAUUUUCGUAACUUAAUAUUUUCUAUAAUAAAAUUAAUUUAAUUGGACUUCACCAUAAAUUGAUUUUACAAAACUCAUUUUAAAAGUUUAUAUCAGACGUAUCCUUAUGGACGUAUCAGACGUAAAAAGACACGACCCGCCCACUACCUGCAGCAACAGAAGAACAAGCCCGGGCAAAUCCUUCAUCUCGUCUGUUCCAGAAGUUUAUUCGAACGGGGUUUUCUACGGAGCCGGAUAAUACUUCACGUACCUCAUAUGGGAUGGCCCUGUAAAUUGUGCAACACUGUGGUACCAGGAAAGAGUGACAUUUUAAAGCAUUAUAGACUGCAUCAUGGGACUUUUGGACACAGCCAUGCCUUGCCUUUUAUUCAUAUAGAUUGCCCAUGUUCUUUUAAAUCCUGGAGUUCCUUCCGCUCUCACCUCUCAAGAUACCACCCAGAAGCUAAAUCCUUCAUCUCACCACAAGAAAGCAAAUGGUGAUAUUGAAGCGCCACAUCUGUCUCCAACAUAACUCUUCUUAGAAAUGGAGCAAACUGUGAGAUUCCGGGUCCUCAUCGAUCAUGAAAUCAAGACACUCACUCUCAGCAGUGGCAUGCCCUCAACUGUGAAUGAGUUGGUUGCAGCUGUCAAAGAACAUUUUUCCAUCCCCACAGAUAUAAGUCUUCAAUACAAAGAUGAGGAAUUUGAUGACUUCUUCACCCUAACAUCUACCAAUGAGCUGAAAGAUAAGUGCACACUUAAAGUUGUGUAUACACCGCUGGAGUUGACGCUGACCGUUGUUCCCCAGGAAAGCACCCCAGAUGCCUCUGAUGUCAGCUCUCUCUGUGAGUGUACGAGUCUCAGUGGGAACUCAGUGGAUACCGUCAUUCCGAGUCCAUCCCCCUCUGAAAGGCAGAGCCCAUGGCCUGCUGUGUUUCCAAUUCCAACCUUCUCACACAACACUGAACUGGCCUUAAGACAAGGAAACGAGAUUUAUUUAAGAGAUGGCACCCCUAUGACAUCACCAAGUAUCAAAUCAGACAUCCUGGAGCGCCUGGCAGAGGCCAUGUUUUUCUACACAGCUUACCCCAAUGAUGCCCAGAGAUGUGCAGUGGCAGAGGCACUAGUUGCAAAGCAUCCCUGCUUAAAGGAGCCCGGAUCUUUUAAUGGAAUUUAUGGGUGGCAGGUAAGCCUAAAGUAUAAGUGUGGAAACUACCGGACAAAACGGAAAGCACUUGGAAGCACUGAACUCCUGAUAAACUCACUGAGAAACAAGUCAAGUGAUGAGCGAAAAGCUGCUAAAAAUGUCAAAAAACCAAAGAGGGCAGAGGUGAAUUACUUGCCCUCACACCCACAUGGUGAAACAGAUGACACCCUUGAGAAUCUGAGACUUGACCUAAUUGCUGCCCAUCAGACAAAGGACUCUGUCAGGAGCACAAAUGAUAUGAUGGCCAUAACAUACAGCUGGAGAAGACAGGAAGUUAUUACAAAGUCUCCUGGUGUGGCAGAAUUCAAGGAAAGAUGGCCUGCCCUCUUCGAACCAUUCCAGGUAAACGAGGAGUUCCGAAGAUGUACUGCGGUUUCCCUGGAAGCGACGUUUAUGUCACAGCUGGACAAAUACACCCCAAAGCUCCUAGAACUCUUUAGUGCCAAGGGAGGAGCAACUGGUCAACGCAUCAAAAAGUUGUUGAUGGAUCUGAUACAGGACCCAAGUGCCACUACAGUGAAGAAGAGAGAUGUCACUCUGAGAUGCCUCUUUGAGUAUAUGGGAGAGAGUGGACAGGAGCUUAUCUCGGAUUACUGUGGGGCCGCAGAGACCACUGUUCAUGAGUGACCUGAAAAUUAAGAACAUGAGCAUCUAUGUCUGCCGUGAGCCAGAUGCAGUAGGAAUCAUCAUUGAGGGAAUACCAGUCCUUACCAAUCUUGGAAACCUGGCCAAAGCAUGCUGCUUCCUGCUUGGGUUGACAUAUGCACUUAAUCUUGAGUAUCCAUCCAAGCUUUCCAAAACAUUUGAGGUGUUUCAAAGACUUUUCGUGGGACUUGACACACUGCGCCCAAAACCAAGCCCCAAGUUCAUGACCCUGAAAAACAAACUCCUUGCCUAGGCACUCAGACAUGACUGUCACUGCACUUGUGAACAGCUGUUUUCUUCUUUCUAUUUUCAACAUCAUUAUACAUUGGACAUUAUGGGUGUUAUGUCCAAUGUUAUAUUGGACAUAAUUGGACAUUCAGGGUGUUUUAAUGGUUUAUCCUUGUCAUGUUUUAUACUGUACACAGGUCAUACUUCCUGGUGUGAAAAAGUAAUUAUAUUUUAUACACACAAAAUAGACCUGCUAUGAAGCUGCACUUUAAAAACUGGUCAGUAGGUGAGAUCAGUGAGAUGUUUGACUAAAGAUGUUUCAAAAUAUUCACACACGCUGUGAAGGUAUUAUGCCAAGUUGAGGUCAGAUGGUCAUGCUUGUGACCUGUAAUGUUAGUGUUAAAAUGUUUCAAUAUUAUGUUCACACUGUACUGUUAAAAGGAUAGUUCACUUCAAAAUGAAAAUUCUGUCAUCAUUUACUCACCCUCAAGUUGUUUUAAACCUGUAUGAAUUUCUUUCCUCUACAGGACACAAGGAAGAUGUUUGAAGAAUGUCAGUAACCGAACAGUUAACUGGACCCAUUGACUUCCAUAUUAGAAAAAAAUAAAAAGACUAUGGAAGAACAUUCUUCAAAAUAUCUUCCUUGUGUUCAGCAGAAGAAAGAAAUUCAUACAGGUUUAAAACAACUUGAGGGUGAGUAAAUGAUGACAGAAUUUUCAUUUUGAAGUGAACUAUCCUUUUAAGGUGUUUUACUAACUUACUAUUUACAAGCUGAGGUCAUAUUUUGUUUAAUACAUGAAUACAGAAGUUCUUGAUUGUUUAUACUGUCCAGCUCAUUCCCACUAUUUGGAUAUGGCAUGUGAAUUGUUAAAAAAAUAGCAAGUGCCAGUUAACUUGAUAUUAAAGUUUUAAUAUUAUGUAUGUACACACAGUAAAAUAUACUGUGAAGGUGUUCUUCUAACCUGCACUUUAUAAGUUGAGGUCAUGCUUUUUUUUAAUGCAUGAAUAGAUGUUAUUGAUUGUUAACACUAUCCAGCUCAUUUUGAAUUUGGUUUGUAAAUUGUUACUUAAUUUUGUAACAUUAUGUACACAGAACUGUACUGUAAAGGUGUUCCACUAACCUGCACUUUAUUUGCUGAGGGCAUGUUUUCUUGAAUGCCUGAAUACCAAUGUUUAUACUGUCCAGCUCAUUGCUACUGUUUUGGAUAUGGCAAUGAUUUAAUAAAUGUUGGAAAUUGA